UUGAAAAGCAAAAUACGAACUUCCUCCCCUGUAUAUAAGCACACACGAUCAAAGAAUUCAAGAUCACCUCGCGCUGACCAUCUGGCAAUCGCCCUUCUCCGGCUUUCUUCCGUCGCUUCCUCCUCCGCUAUUCUUAGAAACCCGAUUCACCAUGUCUCAGACUGUUGUCCUCAAAGUUGGUAUGUCCUGUGAGGGCUGCUCUGGUGCAGUGAAGAGGGUUCUCGGGAAAAUGGAAGGUGUGGAGUCCUUCGACAUUGAUAUGAAGGAGCAGAAGGUGACGGUGAAAGGCAAUGUCCAACCCGAUGCAGUUCUAAAGACUGUGUCAAAGACUGGGAAGAAGACCACAUUUUGGGAUGCCGAAGCACCGGCAGAACCUGAAGCAAAGCCUGCUGAAGCUACUGCUGCUGUCUAAUCAGUGAAGGUGAGAGAAAGAAGACGGAGCUGUUUCCGCGGGGCACUUCUUCGAUAAUGGAUUCUAUAUCAAAUGUGGUGUAUGUGUUGUGCUUUUAAACAUGUUAAGAUGGCAAUAAUAAAUUUGUAUGGACACCUUGUUAUGGAUUUAGAAGAUGGAUUCCACGGAAAUAGUCCUUGGUCCCCACUUUGUUGCCCUGAUUCGGUGUGAUUGCAUAAUGAUCUAUUGUCAUUGUAAUUCCAGAUCAAGACCAGGCCAAGUACAGAAAUAAUGUCUGAAGAGGUAAGUGAUGUCAAUUAAUGCUGCAGUUCAACCAA